CAGGCCGAAACCAAGAUGAAUCGGCAUUCCUCCAGAAGCCAUGCGGUGUUCAUUGUGACGGUCACGAACCGCGUGGAUCCUGGGAAGCAGCGCUUCGCUCAGCUGUAUCUGGUGGAUUUGGCGGGCAGCGAACGCGUGAUGAAGACCGGCGUCCAAGGUCUGCAGCUCGAAGAGGCCAAGAACAUCAACAAGAGUCUACUGGCCCUGGGUCAAGUGAUUUGGGCCCUUGCCCACAAGCAAAAGCACAUUCCGUAUCGAGACUCAAAGCUUACGCAACUGCUGCGCAACUGUCUGGGUGGAAAUGCUCGAACUGUGGUGAUGAUCACUGCCUCCAUGCACACGGAGAACGCUGGGGAAUCGCUCAGCGCCUUGCGUUUCGGUGCUCGAGCCUCUUUGGUGCAGAACAUGGCUCGUCAAAAUGUGGCAGAAAACGCACGAGAGUUGAAGAAGCUCUUGGAACAAGCGCGUGAGGAUUUGUCCCAACUGCGCGCCUGCUGUCGUAGACUGCAAGCCGAACUGACAGCCAGUCGCUGGUCCAACGAACCAGGCAGCCCCUGUGGGGAGCGGACCUCCAGUGCCAAGAGGUUGAUGGUGUGGGGCUUGCUACCUUCUUUGGUUUGUCCCAUCAACCGGGCCGUCAUGAGGGAUCCGGUGUUGGCAGCCGAUGGCUGGACCUACGAACGAAGAGCUUUGGAGAAGUACAUGGCGCGACCCAGCUGUCAUGGAUUACCCAAAUCUCCAGUCACUGGAGACCGAUUUAGCACUCGGCAAGUCACGCCCAACUUGGUGGUUCGACAGCUGAUUAAUCAACAUCUGCCAGAGCUGGGACCUUUAGAGGAUCCCCUGCCGCUCAUUCAGCUGCUCCACGUGUGGCAUGUGCAGCUGAUCCUCUCCUUCCUGGAUGCCCGGUCGUUGGCGCGUUGCGAAAGCGCCUGGCCAUCCUUCCUGGCAGCGGCUGAUAGCAGUGAGGCGCCAGCAGAUGUUUUUUUUUUCAACCAUCAAUUAGGGUUAAAUAAUGGGAUAUAA